GAUCAAUCAAGAAUGACCCACUGCCGUUGUGAAACUCAGCAGACCAACAAUCAUCAUCUUGAAUUCCUUCUGUUUGAUGUCGACUUUGCAGGUUGUCGAAUACCUGUAAACGGUACAUUCGGGCAAUGAGGUCGACGUUAUAGUUGUCCCUAUCAAGUCUUCGACCAUGUCUACCCCGGCCGUGGCGCGCCCUCGUGCCUCUCUGCCAGUUACGCGAUUGCUGCGCUCUCCUCCGCAACGGAUCAAUCCUUUCCAACUGUGCAGGAGAUGUCUCUCCGUCCAGCAGAGGCGGUUGCAGCACGUCUCCUCCGAGUCACGACGGACACCUGGCCCUGUGUUUCUCCAGCGAGAUGAGUUCUUCAGCCAACGCCACAUCGGCCCCUCACCCGAGGACGAGGUGCAGAUGGUGAAGGCUCUCGACCCGCCUGCAAAAGACCUGAACGAUUUCAUCCGCCAGACUCUGCCUCCCGACAUUCUGACCGAAGGGGAACUGCGGUUGCAGAAUGCGUUCAAAAAGGGCAACGUGCAGGGCGUUCACGAGGUGGGCAUUGAGAGGGAAUUGCUCACCCUUGCACACGAGAACAAAAACUACACUACUUUUAUCGGAGCAGGGUACUAUGGCACAAACACCCCGACCGUGAUUCAAAGAAACGUCCUCGAAAGCCCCGCCUGGUAUACAAGCUACACGCCUUACCAAGCGGAGAUCAGCCAGGGCCGUUUGGAGUCGUUGUUGAAUUUCCAGACUCUCGUGACUGACUUGACUGGUCUGGCGAUUGCCAAUGCUUCUGUUUUGGAUGAAGGGACGGCUGCCGCAGAGGCCAUGACUCUGUCAAUGAAUGCGCUCCCCAUGUCUCGCCAGAAGAAGCCAGGAAAGACGUUUGUGGUUUCACACCUUGUCCACCCGCAAACAAUUGCCGUGCUUGAAUCCCGGGCAUCGGGCUUCGGCAUCAACGUCGUUGUUGGGGAUAUUCUUGAGGAAGAUUUCAAGCUCGUCAAGGACCAGGGUGCAAACUUGAUGGGUGUUUUGGCUCAAUAUCCAGACACCACUGGAGGAGUUCACAAUUUGCAAAAACUGUCGGAUACAGUCCAUGCUGCUGAGGCUACUUUCUGUGUGGCCACCGAUUUGCUUGCCCUGACUCUUCUCAAAGCGCCCGGUGACUUUGGGGCCGACGUGGCCUUUGGAAAUGCCCAGCGGUUCGGUGUGCCUUUGGGUUAUGGUGGGCCUCACGCUGCCUUCUUCGCUUGUAGUGAGAAACACAAACGAAAAAUCCCGGGUCGUCUGGUAGGAGUGUCGAAAGACCGUCUGGGGAAACAGGCUCUUCGGUUGGCAUUGCAGACGCGCGAGCAGCAUAUCCGCAGAGAAAAGGCCACCAGCAAUAUCUGCACCGCUCAAGCCCUCCUGGCGAACAUGAGCGCCUUCUACGCCAUUUACCAUGGACCUCAUGGACUCAAGAAGAUUGCCAAGCGGAUCUGGGCCAUGGCCAAGUUCGCCCAGGCAAUGCUUGAGAAGAAAGGGCUGAAAGUGGUCAAUCAAGGUGUGCGCGAUGAUGGUGCCGUGCUGUUCGAUACCGUGGUCGUGGAGCCUCGCAGUGUGAAGCAAUAUGAGGAAAUCUUGCGACAUGCCAAGGAGAGCGACGUCCUUCUCCGGACCAGUGUCCCUGGUGGUACGGGCAAAGUACCAAGGCUUGGGUUUUCGCUUGACGAGACGGUCACCAGCACGAGUCUUUCGAAAUUGCUGCAAUGCUUUGGGGUGCAGAGCGACGAAUACGUUGCCGCCUUUUCUGAUUCCGAGAUUAUCAAAAAGGUCAACGAUGACAGUCUGCCUCAAGAUUUGCAGCGGCAGACCCCUUACUUGACUCAUCCGGUUUUCAACCAGCAUCAUUCGGAAACCCAACUGCUUAGGUACAUCCAUCACCUACAGUCGAAAGAUUUGUCGCUAGUGCAUUCGAUGAUACCGCUGGGUUCAUGCACGAUGAAGCUGAACGGCACGACGGAGAUGUUGCCUGUUUCAUACCCGGGAUUCUCCAAAAUCCAUCCAUUCACCCCUAUCCAUCUCGCUCAGGGUUACAAGAAAUUGAUCAAACGGUUGUCGGAUUCUCUGGUGGCCAUUACCGGCAUGCAUGAGGUCAGUCUGCAGCCCAACUCGGGCGCCCAGGGAGAAUUCGCCGGCCUGCGAGUGAUCAAGAAAUACCUCGACACCAAGGACCCGUCAAAGAAGAGGAACAUUUGUCUCAUUCCAGUUUCGGCCCACGGGACUAAUCCUGCAUCCGCUGCUAUGGCAGGGAUGAAGGUUGUCCCGUUGAAAUGCGACACCAAAACCGGCAAUCUCGAUCUCAAGGACUUGAAGGAGAAAUGCGAAAAGCACAAGGACGAACUGGCCGCCAUCAUGGUCACAUAUCCCAGCACAUUUGGAGUGUUUGAACCGGGUAUUAGGGAAGUGUGCAAGAUUGUCCACGAGCAUGGAGGUCAGGUCUACAUGGACGGAGCCAACCUCAACGCACAAAUUGGCCUAUGCAGUCCUGGCGAGAUCGGUGCCGACGUGUGCCAUCUCAACCUCCACAAGACAUUCUGUAUUCCCCACGGCGGCGGUGGUCCCGGCGUGGGACCGAUCGCGGUGAAAGAACAUUUGCGGCCAUUCCUUCCCAUGCAUCCUCACGUCGAUCCUCACCCCGGCGGGGAGAAUCGAGCGACGACGGCGAUUUCGCCCGUCAGUUCGGCGCCCUGGGGCAGCGCGUCGAUCCUCCCGAUCAGUUACGCGUACAUCCAGCUGAUGGGUAGCGCGGGACUCAAACACGGGACCGAGAUUGCGCUGCUCAAUGCCAACUAUAUCAUGUCACGACUUCGACCACACUAUCCCAUCAUGUACACGAAUGCCAAUGGACGGUGCGCGCACGAGUUUAUCUUGGACACGCGCAAGUUCAAGGAGACGGCGGGCAUCGAGGCCGUCGACAUUGCGAAACGUCUUCAAGAUUACGGCUUCCAUGCGCCCACCAUGAGUUGGCCCGUGGCCAAUACGCUCAUGAUCGAACCGACCGAGUCGGAAUCGAAAGACGAACUCGAUCGGUUCUGCGACGCACUCAUCCAAAUCCGCAAGGAGAUCCAGGCCAUUGAAGAUGGCCAGGUGCCCCGUGAAGGCAACGUGCUCAAAAUGUCGCCUCACCCUAUGGUCGAUUUGACAAGGGACAAUUGGGAUCGUCCGUAUUCCCGUGAACAAGCCGCUUAUCCUCUCCCGUGGCUGAAGGAGAAGAAGUUCUGGCCUAGUGUUGCAAGGGUGGAUGAUGCGUAUGGUGAUACUAAUUUGUUUUGUACGUGUACGCCGGUCGAGGGGUAUGAAGAGGAGGGGAUUACUGGGUCGCAAGCGCCGAUGCCGACUUGAGUAAGGUACCGAGGGAUUCUACUGAGUUGAGCGAAGUGGGUGGUGUACCUGGUAUACCUGGGAUAUGGUACCGACAUGUGGUAUUGUCGCUGGGACAUGACUCUGUGACAUGAUACUGGUACAGUACAUGGUGCGUGGGACAUGGAUAUCUGUCUCUCGCGAGGCUUUGCGUGACCUCCUCGGUCAAUGACACCUUGUGUGAUUUGACCUGGAACUAUUAUUAUUAUUAUUAUUAUCGCUAUAGCGUGGGCAUUCAUCAUCUGCCUUGAGCUCGCACUGCGUGGUCCGAUUGGGGGACACAAGUCGGUAUGUUAAAUAGGUACUAUGACAGACACAGCAAAGGGAGUUCAACAUUCCCAGAGUCUGGAAGAAUAAAGGAAUCAGCAUCAAUAAUGAAUUUGAAUUUGAGUCACUUUGCAGGAGAGCAGCAGCAGAUUUUAAGUCGGUGCUAGUAGCAGCAGCAUUUAUUUUAAAAGUACCAGCAUGGCAAUUCAACAGCAAUCCGAGUCCUUGUCAUUUUUGAUAUUGAUACAAGCUGGGAUUGAGUAAAGAUAUUAUGUUUCAUU